ACCUGAGAUCGAUGUGGAUCAGAAAGAGAUGUCCUCCCCGCUCUCCCCCUUCUCCUCCUCUUCCACCCAUUGCUAGGUCAUCAAUGGGGAUUCCCGCAGCCAGAGCACCGCAAGGGUUGCACUCUGGCAGGAGUUUCGCAGUAGUAGAAGAGAACAGGCGCAUUGGUUGGUCUUGCAUUAAUCUACCAAGAAAUAAUCCUCUCCACCAUCUGGGGAUCAAUGAUCCACUCCCUCUUCAUCUGUCACAGACGAUUACCAUGGGGACGAAGCAGCGAGAUGAAGUUGAAAAAGAUGCCGCUGAGAAGACAUUGAUGAUUCCAAACGCCGACUGUGGAAUUUCUUACAGGCAACAGAAAACUGCUCUGCUUGCAUUGCCUUUCGAUUCCACUCCCCAAGGGUUCUCGGGUUUUGUUGAUGCGGAGCGGGAGACAGAGAUGGAGAUUAUUCCACCCAAGAAGAGAAAAGGAACGUAUUGCUUGGUAGCAGAAGAAGAAGAGACAGUGAGAGAGCCAGUAACGUUGCCGACAAUAGUGAAAGAUGAGACAGCAGGCGGGAAGGGCAACAAACCAGAUAACCAUGGCGUGCCACUAUUAGUUGAGAGUGAGACAAUGGACGACUCCGUUCGAGAAUUCAAAGAAGAGACGACAGUAAUAGAUGAGGGAAGAGAGACGGUUGCUGAAACAGUCGACAAGGGCACUCAGACUGAUUUCAACGGUGAUGCCGGUGGUAAAAGCAACGGCAUCAAGAAGGAAACCAAUGGGGAGGAGAAUUAUCCGAAAAAGAGGCGAAAGAGAGGAACAGUGUUGCUGGAGGGAUCGAGAUGCAGUCGUGUAAAUGGAAGAGGAUGGAGGUGUCGCCAGAUGACAAUGGUGGGGUAUUCACUUUGUCAACAUCACCUGGGGAAGGGAAGGAUUAAGAGCAUAGACAGCAUCGGCAGCACUGACGUCUCUGUGACAUCUGGCCCCAAGAAGGGUGCCAACAACCAGCUACCUUGCGACUCGUCGUUGGUCAUGAAGUAUCUUCAUCACCUAGAAUUCUCAGGUGAUCAUCAGGGAGAAGAGAAGCCAAGGGGAGGUGGUCGCCGUGGCCGGAGCCGAUGCCGAUGCCGAUGCCGAUGCCGAUGCUGAGGAGGAUGAGAUGGA